UAUUCGAGAUGAGUGAUGCUGAAGAAGAAGUUCUGUUGCUGUCCCUACUCUACUUUCGAUGUAAAAAAAGAAGAAAACGAAGACAGAGGAUUUGGAUUCACCCAAUUAUUGAAGAGAGGGAAAAGAAGGGACAAUUCAGAAAUUUGUUUGCCGAAUUGAAGAAUCACGAGGACAAAUUCUUCAAUUUUACUCGAAUGUCCACCAGUUCAUUUGAAGAACUGUUAAAUAUAAUCAAAGAAAAUCUGAAGAAAAACGACACCAUCAUGAGAAAGUGCAUUUCACCCGAAGAAAAACUAGUGAUAACAUUGAGGUUUUUGGCCAGUGGAUGUUCUUUGACUGAUAUAUAAUAUAAUAAUAAUAAUAAUAAUAAGGGUAGCGGUAGG